AUGGAGCAAAUCAAGGCUCUGAAUGCUUUGGAGUUAUGGCACAUAUACCGACUACACUAGCGACCCAUCUCUCCCCACCCUUUCCGCAGCUCAAACUCUCAAACUUCGCCAGCUUUCCUUUCUCACCCUUGCCAAAAACCCGCCGACUUGACUUACCCCAAACUCCAAUCUGCCCUCGCUCUCUCCACUCCCGCGAACUCGAAGAUCUCGUAAUCAGUGCUAUAUACGCCGGUCUCAUUACUUGUACAUUGGACCCAUAUAACCAAACCGUACUUGUCUCCUCCGUCUCACCCCUCCGCGAUCUUCCCCACUCCACAAUCCCAUCUAUGCUCUCCACUCUCUCCGCCUGGUCCGCUCGUUGCACCACCACCCUCUCUUCCCUCGAAUCUCAAAUCGCUUCCAUCAAAGCUGAUGCCCAGCGCCGUCACCGCGAUGAACAGGAUUGGAACGCCCAUGUCGAAUCUCUCCUCGAACCCACUCCUCCCUCUGAGAAUUCGUCAGGACCGACUGGCAUCAUGGGCAAUAUCCAAAGUCUAACAGGCAGAAUGACGAGAUCGUCUGGGAAACGCCACAACCGACUAGAAGGACAGUCUAGUGAUGAGGAAAUGGAUGAUGUGGAUCCAAUGGGUGGUCAGCAUAAGGACACACGAAGUUCGAAGAAGAGAGGUUUUGGCGGGUUAGGGUUUGGGAACGCAGCAAACUUAGCUUCUUCAACGACUUCAGCAAGCCCAGAAGGCUCGGAAAAAAGUCCUGGUAUUCUCCGGAAGUUAUUUCCCUACAUGAAAUCAUAG